AUGUGUGAAUGGCUUUCUUCCGGCGAUUGGUGCGAUGUACAUUUGAUCUGUGGAGGACAGAUAUUUAGAUCACAUCGAUUGGUCCUGGCUAGUGCAAGCGAAUUUCUUAAGGAUUUACUUUUAUCCUGCCCAUUGGAAGACUCCCCAACAUUUAUAGUACUACCCGAAUUUGAUAUCGACACGCUAUCAUUAGUACUUUAUUAUUUGUAUAAUGGAGAAGUUACGGUCCAAAGAAGCCAAAUGAAAAUGUUUCUAGAAAUGAUUAAUACGAUGCAAAUUUUUGUCGAUUCUCAGUACUUGUUAAAAAAAAGCAGCUAUUUCGACGAUGAUAAUUUUCGCCAAACUAAAGAAUUCAUACAAGCAAUCGAUGAAGACUUUGAUAAAGUAAAGCGUGGGAUUUCUUCAACUCUUUUAAAAUCUAGGAAAAAUGAUGUGACCGACAUAAAUUUUGAAUUUGGAAACCGACAGAUGCAGUCCCAUGAUGCAUUUGCCAAGACAUCUCUAAGCGGUACCAAUAUUGGUUUUGCUUCAGGAGUGCUAUCAAUUUUUAAUGAACAUUAUCAAGAAGCAAAAUCUCUACUCUCGACGAAUGCCAAUGCAGAGGUACAUAGAUCCAUGACGCUCUCAAAAAAAUCUCAGAUAUCUUCCACGUCUGAUUACAAAGUGAAUACCUCAUUUGAAGUUCAAGCUAAAAAACUAGAUGAAACUAGUUAUAUUUCAAACAUUGUUGAUAUUUCUGGAUCUCAAGAUUUGGACCAACCUAAACUAUUUAUGAACGAUAUGAAAGCAAUAAAGCAGAAAUGUAAUGAUUUUCGAGAUAAAAAUAUUUUCCAUAAGAAGCAAAUCAAAGCAAUAACUUCUAUAGGACAGAAUUUAACCCAAAAAUUAAAAAGUAAAACGAAAAAUACCUUAACUAGAGUAACAAUCCUUAACCAAGUAUUGCAGAGUCCGUGGAGGCCAAUAUUACCAUACAAUUUUAGACCUUUGCGUAGACGGAAUCAGGAGGUGGAACAGCCAGAGAUUUUCUCGAACAACGAUGCAAUUGGUACACAGAUGAGACAGCAUACUUCUCACUACACAUGUGUGGAAUGUGACAAGUCAUUUUCACAAUUACGAAACUUUAAGUACCACAUGUCAGUUCAUCGCGGCACGAAGGAGUUCGCGACUACAUGUCCCGUCUGUGGAAAAUACUUCAAUGAUAGAGGAUAUCUCAGUAGUCAUAUGAAAAUUCAUAGGAAUCAAAAAGAAUAUAAAUGCACUGUAUGUCCUAAAUCAUUCAAUCAACGAGUUGCUUAUAACAUGCACCUACGAAUACAUACUGGUGUUAAGCCACACGUAUGCAAUGACUGUGGAAAGGCAUUUUCACGGAAAAUGUUAUUGAAGCAACAUCAGCGUACGCAUAGUGGGGAGCGACCUUACGCUUGCUCGUAUUGUGAGAAGAGAUUCGCAGACAGGUCCAAUAUGACCCUACAUUUGAGACUGCAUACAGGAAUUAAGCCUUUCAUUUGUAAUCUUUGCCCGAAGGCAUUUACAAAGAAACAUCACCUUAAGUCUCAUCUGAACUUUCACACUGGAGACAAGCCCUACUCUUGUCCACGUUGCAAGCUCACUUUCACGCAGUCUUCGAACAUGAGAACUCAUUACAAGAAGUGUAAUGCACAAGCAACAACCGAAGAUUUAAUAUAAUAAGAAUAACCAUAG